CGCCAGCUCAAAGCCUUGUACAGCUGUGGCAACGGGUGCGCUCCGGGGCUGCUGUUCGCGGGGCCCCGGCGGCUCCGGAAGCCAGGACAAGGCGGGAUGGGCUGGGGACGCGCGACAUGAGCAGCCAGCACGCGGAACCACCUCGCGGGAGGCCCUGGGUCGAGUACUCAGCGAGUGGGCGCGGACCCGGGAGGAGCAGGCGAGGCAGGGCGUAGCCGUGGCCCCGGCCCACUCACGCUCCCCCUGCAGUGCUGCUGCUGCGGGGGGCGCGCAGUACUCCAGCUGCCUGUGCAGCUGGAAGGGGAGUGGGCUGACCCAGGAAGCACAGAGCUAGGAGGUGGAGCAGGUGUACCUGAGUUGCUCGGCAGGUUCUGUGGAGUGGGUCUACCCAACUGGGGCACUCAUCGUCAACCUGAGGCCCAACACCUUCCCACCUGCCUGGAACCUGAUUGUGUGCAUCAAGCCCUUCAGGGACUCCUCAGGGGCCAAUAUUUAUUUGGAAAAAACUGGAGAACUGAGACUGUUGUUACAGGACAAAGGUUGUGAACCUGGCCGGGUGCAAUGGUUUGGCCUAGAGCAGGGUGGCCUCUUUGAGGAGGCAACACCCCAACAGGACAUCAGCAGGAGGACCACUGGCUUCUAGUAUGAGUUGAUGAGUAAACAGAAGGGACUGGACCUGCACGUGCCUUCUGCCUCUUGUCGGCCAUGCAGUGACACUGAGGUCUUCCUUGUCAUUUGCACCAGUGACUUUGUCAUCCAUGGCUCCAUCCAGGAUGUCACCCAUGUGCCAGAGCAGCAAGAGUCCAUCAUCCAUCUGCGUGUGAGCAAGCUCCACUGGCAGAAGAGCAGGGUCUUCUGGCCAGCUCCUGAGGGCAGUGGCCACUAGCUGGGUCAUGU